ACGUGUGAACUUUCUACUGAGUCAAAUGAUUCCUCCCUCGUUAAGUUAUCUCGUGAACCUGUACCAGAUCUCUAGAGAUAGCACACCGUCCUAUUGUCGCACAACAAAUCCUUAAUUACAGAAAUGGGGAUCGGGUGACUCUGGCAUCCAGUAGCGGGGUCUCUAGGCGGCGAGGGGGUCUUUGAUCAAGAAAAUCCAAUUAUUUGUGUAUAUACAUUUCCCACAUUGUGAUUACUUCAUUAAUUGUCCCGCCUUUAUCCCCACCCGUCCCAUCCCCCCUCUAAUAAUCAGCCCUUUUAUCCAGAGCAACAAACACACCAUAGGAGCUUUGUGUGGAUUCAGAGGAUUUGCUUCCCCCUCUCAAAGAGCCGCUCUUCUUUGAUGAUUGGGCAGCGGCGAACUUCAAAGUCAUAAAUCUCACUCCUGACUGGCUGGCGGCCCACCAAAGUCCUUAUCAAAUCCAAAGAAGUGAUCCUUCACUCCCUCAGAUAGUCCAGGGAUAGCUGGAGGAGAGGAAGCGACGCGCGCGCACUUUCCGUGAGAAUACGUUUUCAAGUAUUCGUGAAGAAGUGAAUUUGGCUGCUUUUAAACCGGGAAGCUUGGGGAACUCGAGGAAGUGUUGCCAUGGCAGCUGUGGCUGUGCUGAGGAACGACACACUACAGGCAUUUCUUCAGGACCGCACUCCCAACUCCUCGCCGGAAAACAGCAAACACUCUCCUCUGGCGCUUCUAGCGGCGACAUGUAACCGGAUCGGUCAUCAUCACGGAUCCACACCCACGGACUUUAUUCAAGUUCCCUACGACACGACCCUCGGGUCUCCGUCAAGGAUUUUCCACCCUUGGAGUAACGAGGCCAAUCCGCAGCCCUCGCUUUCCAACAAUUCUUCGUUUGGACUGUCCUCCAAAUCUCACCUGCAGGGCUCCUACACCACCCACCACGAGCUCCCCUUGACCCCUCCGGCCGACCCCACGUAUCCUUAUGACUUCUCUCCGGUCAAGAUGUUGCCGUGCUCCAUGCAGUCGUUACAAUCAAGCUGCCCACCGACCUACGUGCCGGCCGUCACCUACGCAGCGCCGCCCCCCAUCCCGCAUGGUUUCGUCCCGGGACACUCAGGGCUAGUCCAUCAGCAGCAGAGACAGCUGUCUCCAAACCCUGGGGAGGAAAUACCAUGGUGGAGCCUUCAGCAAGGAAACCACGUCAGCCACCCGGCGAGCCUCGGCCGCUUCCCCAUCCAGAGGGGCUUGGUGUUGGGACACACAGACUUUGCACAGUACCAAACUCAAAUCGCAGCCCUCCUCCACACCAAAUCCCCCCUGGCCACCGCCAGGCGCUGCCGGAGAUGCCGGUGUCCUAACUGCCAGUCGUCCAGCUCCAGUGACGAGCCGGGGAAAAAGAAACAGCACAUCUGCCACAUCCCCGGAUGCGGGAAAGUAUACGGCAAAACGUCCCACCUGAAGGCGCACCUGCGCUGGCACUCGGGAGAGAGACCCUUCGUGUGUAACUGGCUCUUCUGCGGGAAGAGCUUCACCCGAUCGGACGAGUUACAGAGGCACCUGAGAACUCAUACCGGGGAAAAACGCUUCGUGUGUCCGGACUGCUGCAAGAGGUUCAUGAGGAGCGACCAUUUGGCCAAACAUGUGAAGACGCACCAGAACAAGAAGAGCAAAAGUCACGAAAAGACCUCUGAUUAUGUCAAACGAGAAGACCUGAGACCUGUGUAGUAGUAGACUUGGAUGACCAUAGACUAGUGCAAUAUAUACAAUCUUCAGGAUCCUCAUGAAGCGAAAACAUGUUUUUUAUUAUCAUUAUUAUUAUUAAAAAGGUUGAUGAGACUUGUAAGACUGGGAGUCUCUCUUCAUUUUUUCCUUUUUUUUUU